CUUGCUGGAGGGCCUUGAGUGGGGGUCUUGAGGAGGGGGGUGUGCGUGUGUGGAGGUAUUUGAUGUCCAGCUGGGCACUGACCACACGGAAGUGACCCCCUCAUCUUGGAGUCCAGCGGAGUCUCCUUCCUUCCUUCCUUCCUUCCUCCUCUGGAGGUUUUGAAGCAGAGGCUGCAUGGCCAUCUGUCGGGAGGGAUCGGAUGGUGUCUCUCUUCCUGGCAGAAAGAAGGGCGUUGGAUUGCAUGGCCAUUUAAUUCUGUUUUAAUGUUUGUAUAUCUUUAGGUUUUGAAGUGUAUUGAAAGGCCUUUUAAUGGAAGCAGCCGGGGAUUAAUAAUAACAACAACAAUAUAAUAACAAUAAUAUCAUAAUAUAUAAUAUAUAAUUCAAGUAUAUAAUAUACAGUAGAGCAGGGGUCCUCAAACUUUUAAAGCAGACAGCCGGUCCACAAUCCUUCAGACUGUUGAGGGGCCGAAUUAUCAUUUGGGGGGGAAAAAAACGAACAAAUUCCUAUGCACACUGCACAUAUCUUAUUUGUAGUGCAAAACAGCAACAAUAACAAUGAAAUAACAAUACAAUAUUUAAAAAUGAAAAUAAUUUUAACCAACAUAAACCUAUCAGGAUUUCAAUAGGAAGUGUGGGCCUGCUUCUGGCCAAUGAGAUAGUCAGGUUAAUUAGGAUUGUUGUUGUUGUUGUUGUUGUUGUUGUGUGUCUUCAAGUCAUUUCAGACUUUGGGCGAGCCUAAGUCCAAAAUUAUUUAUUUAUUCAUUUACUACAUUUAUUUACUACAUUUAUAUCCCACCCUUCUCACCCCGAAGGGGACUCAGAGCAGCUGUAUGUACAUACAAAAUAUUAUAUUAUUAGCAUAGCACAAUAUUAGCAUUAUACUAUAUUGAACUACACCACUAUACUGUAAUAUUAUAUGUAAUAUAUAACAUAUAAUUAAUAUUAUUAUAUGAUAUUAUUGUUAGUAUUGUAUUGUAUAAAAUGAUAAUAUUAUUAUCAAUAUUAUAUGUAUAUACAAUAUAUUAUAUUAUUGAAACUGAUAUUAAAAUAUUAUAUUAUAAAUGAGGGUGAGGGCCAGGUAAAUUACCUUGGAGGGCCGCAUCCGGCCCCCGGGCCUUAGUUUGGGGACCCCUGCAGUAGAGUCUCACUUAUCCAAGCUUCACUUAUCCAAGGUUCUGUAUUAUGCAAGACAGCCUAUUAGUAAUCAAUUGUUUUUGUAGUAAAUGUUGCAAUGUUUUGGUGCUAAAUUCGUAAAUACAGUAAUUACUACAAAACAUUACUGUGUAUUGAACUGUUUUUUCUGCCAAUUUCUUGUAAAACAUGAUGUUUUGGUACUUAAUUUGUAAAAUCAUAAUGUAAUUUUAUGUUUAAUAGGCUUUUUUCUUAAUCCCUCCUUAUUAUCCAAGAUUUUCGCUUAUCCAAGGUUCUGCCGGCCCGUUUAUCUUGGAAAAAUGAGACUCUACUGUAUAACGUAAUAAUAAUAAUAUUGUCGAAGGCUUUCAUGGCUGGAAUCACUGGGUUGCUAUUUGUUUUCUGGGCUGUAUGGCUAUGUUCCAGAAGCAUUCUCUCCUGACGUUUCGCCCACAUCUAUGGCAGGCAUCCUCAAAGGUUAUGAGGCCAAUGGCAACAUUCCCACUUGCCUCCAACAGACAAGAGUUCUUGCUCCCACCCUGAACAUUAUUCCACAGAUAUAUAAACCCCACUUGCCCAGUUUCCAACAGAUCUCACAACCUCUGAGGAUGUCUAUUUUGUAUAAGACACUCCCUUCAUCAGUUUUGACUGUCGCCCAGACUGUUGUCCUAUAUUGGACCCUUUAACACCUUGGAUGAUUGUUUAAUAUUUUAAUUAUGUCUAUUUUAAAUCAUGACUUGUUUAAUUUGUUUUUAAAUGCAUUCUUUGGUGUCUCAACUGUUGAUUUUAUGAUAUUAUAUGAUUGUACUAGCUGUGCCCAGCCACGCGUUGCUGUGGUGUUGUCUGGUGGUGUUGGUGAGAACUUGUUGAGGCUGGAUGGCCAUCUGUCAGGAGUGCUUGGAUUGUGUCAUCCUGCAUGGUAGAAGGAAGUUGAUUUGCAUGAUCACUGCAAACCUUAGGAUUGUAUGAUGAUGUUGUUAUUAUUAUUAUUAGUAUUGAGAGGCUGGGUGGCCAUCUGUUGGGAGUGCUUGGAUUGUGUCCUGCAUGGCAGAAUUGGGUUGGACUGUAUGGCCUUUAGGGGUGUCUCCUACCUGUCUGAUGCUAUGAUUUGAUGUGUAUUAUUAUUGUGCAGAUAUUGGAUGGGCAUCUGUCAGGAGUGGUUGGAUUGUGUCCUCCUGCAUGAUAUAAGGAAGUUGAACUGGAUGACCCUUAGGGGUAUCUGCUAACCUUAGGAUUGUAUUAUUAUUAUUAUUAUUAUUAUUAUUAUUAUUAUUAUUAUUAUUAUUAUUGAGAAGCUGGGUGAGCUGAGUAGGUUGCUAGGAGACCAAGUGGGCGGAGCUUAGCCUUCUAACUGGCAGCAAUUGGAUAAAAACAAUUAUUACCCUCCCUCUAAUUAGGACUUUUUUCUUUUCUUUUUGUUGUAUCAACCUAGAGGCGUGGAUGAUGGGUUGUGUUGUCAAAUUUCGAGGUUGGGGGGCCUGUAGUUUUGUUGUUUUGUGGGUUGCCGUGAUGCCAUCACUCUUUUAUAUAUAUAGAUUGGGCUUGCCCCCGUGUGAGCCGCUCUGAGUCCCCGUUGGGGAGAUGGAGGCGGCAUACAAAAAUAAAAUUAUUAGUAUUAUUAUUGACUUGAGGGUUGGAUUAGGAUUGUGGAGGCCAAAUCUUGAAUCACUGGUCGGCUAUGGAAGCCCAUGGGGUGACCAUGGGCAGGUCACGUUUUUCCAGAUGCAGGCCAAAUGUCAGGAGUAAAUGCUGCCAGAACACAUUGGAAAACACUGAACAAUAUCCCAGUGUUGUCGUUCCCACAUCUCUCUCCUCCUUCCUUCCAGGUGGGCAGAGUGCAGCCAAAAGGAUGGCCAGGGAGCGGAGGCGCAGGGCUGCGGACGCAGGGCCCCGGGCGCAGGAAAAGGGCCUGCUUCGGUCCUUUGCGAUGAAAAGGACGGAGCGACCAGGAGCCACCGCUGCAUCAUCAUCAUCCUGGGACCUGGGCCGCAUCUGUGGGGUGCUGGCGCUGGCCUCGGGGGCCCUGGGCUGUGCCGCCUUCGCCUACGGCCUCUACGCCCGGUGGUGGCUGGCCGCCCGGACGGUGACCCUGCACCCGGCCCCCCGCCUCUUGGGGCCCAACGCCAGCGGCCCCGGCCUCUCGCCGGACCUCUUCUGGGGCUCCUACCGGCCCCAGGUUUACUUUGGCAUGAAGACCCGCAGCCCCCGGUCCCUGGUCACAGGCCUGAUGUGGAUGCACCAGCUGGAGGGGGACAUCCGGCUGCGGCACACCUGCGAGCAAAGCGAUGGCCUGCCCCGCUACGGCUGGCUUCUCCACGACGGCGUCCAUUUCGGGGUGCAGGAGCUCCGCGACGUGGGUCUCAGCCUACAGACGGAGUUUGUGAAGCGCCCUGGGGGCCGGCAUGGAGGGGACUGGAGCUGGAGGGUCACAGCUCGGCCGGAGAGGUCAGGGCCCCAGGCGCCCUUUGUCUCCCUGCUGUUCUACGUGGCGACUGAUGGUCAAGGGGCGCUGCAGCCACAAGUGAAGGAGAAGAGCCGGAUGGCCUCCCUGACUGGUGUGACGGAGGAGCUGGGGCACUUCACCAUCACCUUCCAGCCGCCCACCUCUGAGACGGGCACGCCUCUCUAUGCCAGUUAUAAUUACCUGGAUGCAAAGGCAGAAGGGCUGCACCGCCUGAGUGAAGUGGUGAAGGCCAGCCUGGCCCCCCGCUUCUCCUUCGCCCCCCCAGGGGCACCCAAGCGCCGAUACUUCGGGGUGGACACCUAUCGGAUUGCGCCGGGAGGAGUGCAGCCGCGCAGCCAGCUCCUCAUCCACCAAGUGACUGUCUCUCUUCCGUGCCGCCUGGAGGUGGUCUUUGAAUCCGGAAGCUUCUCUGAACGGACCGAACGUCUUGCGGGAGAAGCGCUGACUGGGGCUUUGGAUCGACACGCGGCUGCCUUUGAGCGGCGCUUUGAGGAGACCUUUGGACUGGCCGCCAAGGGCUAUUCCCCGCAGGAGCAGCGCUUCGCCAGGGCCGCCCUCAGCAACAUGCUGGGAGGGAUGGGCUACUUCUUUGGGCGCUCCCUGGUGCAGUCCCCGCACGCAGAGCAGCCCCAACUGUAUCCAGAGGGCCCCCUCUUCACGGCCGUGCCCUCCCGCUCCUUCUUCCCCCGCGGAUUCCUCUGGGAUGAAGGCUUCCACCAGCUGCUUGUCGCCCGCUGGGACCCGGCCCUCAGCCGGGAGGUGCUGGCUCACUGGCUCGACCUUAUGAAUGCAGAGGGCUGGAUCCCGCGGGAGCAGAUCCUGGGCGAUGAGGCCCGCACCAAAGUACCCUCCGAAUUCCUCGUGCAGCACAGCAGCGCCGGAAACCCCCCCACGCUCUUCCUGACGUUGCGGCAACUGCUGGCCCAGGGCCAGGCAGAUGGCAACUUCCUGCGGAGCAUCUUCCCGCGCCUCCAGAGCUGGUACGAUUGGUACAACCAGACGCAGACCGGUCCGUUGCCCUACACCUUCCGCUGGCGUGGCCGGGAUCAGGACACCCGCCUGUUCCUCAACCCUAAGACCCUGACUUCUGGCUUGGAUGAUUAUCCUCGGGCCUCCCACCCUUCGCCGGACGAGCGCCACCUGGACUUGCGUUGCUGGAUGGCUGUUGUCUCUGCCGUCAUGGCGGACGUGGCCGCCAGGAUUGAAGCGCCAGCAGAGGAGUACCGGCGCAUGGCUGAGACACUCGCUGACAACCAGCUGCUGGAUCAGCACCACUGGGCCGAGGCUCUGGGCACCUUUGCUGACUAUGGCAACCACACCUCUGCCGUGGCCCUGGAGCGCGAGAGGCUCCGCCCCCCUCCACCUGGCCAGCCCCUGCCUUCUCCGCGGCUGCUGCGCAUCGUCCGCAAACCGCCCGCGUUGCAGUUCGUGGGGGGCGCCCUCGGCUAUGUGAGUCUGUUUCCGCUUCUGCUGGAGCUGCUGCACCCCAAUUCGCCCCGCUUGGGCAAUCUGCUGGCGGACAUGCGCAGUGAGAAAAAGCUGUGGACGCCCUUUGGCCUGCGCUCCCUCUCGCGCAGCAGCCCUUUCUACCUCAAGCACAACACGGAGCAUGACCCACCCUACUGGAGGGGGCCCAUCUGGCUCAACAUCAACUACCUGGCGGUGCGGGCGCUGCACCACUAUGGCCAGCUAGAGGGGCCCUACCGGGAACAGGCAUCUGCCCUCUACCGCCAGCUGCGCGCCAACCUCAUUGGCAACGUCUUCCGGCAAUACCAGGAGAGCGGAUACAUCUGGGAGCAGUACAACGACAGCACCGGCCGGGGUCAAGGCUGCUACCCCUUCACCGGCUGGUCAGCCCUGGUGGUGCUCAUGAUGGCCGAAGAGUAUUGAGGGCUGGCGGAGACAGGAGAGAACCGCACGGGUGCCCUCCCAGCCAUCCUGUGCCAAGCACCAGGGUUGCCCUGCCUGCUUUUGGUGGGCCCUGCGCUCAUCUCCCUCAGGUUUCCAGGCAGGAGCAACCUGGACUCCGGCUCCCGGCAAACUGCAAUGCCAGAAGCCUUUAUCUUUUUCAUUUUUAAAGUGAAAUAAAGCUGUGAUGCGGGAAAGUA